AGAAGCCAUGGCGGUAACGGAUGCGAGCCUGUUGCGCCAGUUCCCGCUGCUUCUGCCUCAGAACCGAGCGAAAACCGUGUAUGAGGGAUUCAUCUCGGCUCAGGGAAGAGACUUCCACCUUAGAAUACUGUUGCCUGAAGAUUUGCAACUGAAGAAUGCAAGAUUACUAUGUAGUUGGCAGCUGAAAACAAUACUUAAUGGAUAUCAUCAAAUAGUCCAACAGAGAAUGCAGCACUCUCCUGAUCUAGUGAGCUUUAUGAUGGAGUUGAAGAUGGUUUUGGAAGUUGCUUUAAAGAAUAGACAAGACCUAUGUGCACUUCCUCCUCCUCCCCAGUUCUACUCCAGCCUUAUUGAAGAGAUAGAAACUCUUGGUUGGGAUAAACUUGUGUAUGUGGAUACUUGCUUCAGUACCAUCAAGUUAAAAGCAGAAGAUGCUUCUGGUAGAGAGCAUCUAAUCACUCUCAAGUUGAAGGCAAAGUACCCUGCAGAAUCACCAGAUUGUUUUGUGGAUUUUCCUGUUCCGUUUUCUGUUUCCUGGACACCGCAGAGCUCCUUAAUAAGCAUUCAUAGUCAGUUUCUGGCAGCAUUAGAGUCACUGAAGGCAUUCUGGGAUGUUAUGGAUGAAAUCGACGAGAAGACCUGGGUACUUGAGCCAGAAAAACCUACGCGGAGUGCAACAGCACGCAGAAUUGUAUUAGGGAAUAACGCUUCCAUACAUAUAGAGGUAGACCCCAGGCACCCUACUAUGCUUCCUGAGUGCUGCUUUCUUGGAGCUGACCAUGUGGUAAAACCUUUGGGAAUUAAGCUGAGCAGGAACAUACAUUUGUGGGAUCCAGAAAAUAGUCUGUUACAAAAUCUGAAAGAUGUUUUAGAAAUUGAUUUUCCAGCUCGUGCUAUCCUGGAAAAAUCUGAUUUUACUAUGGAUUGUGGAAUUUGUUAUGCCUAUCAACUUGAUGGUGCCAUUCCUGAUCAAGUGUGCAAUAAUUCCCAAUGUGGACAACCUUUCCAUCAAAUAUGCUUAUAUGAGUGGUUGAGAGGACUACUGACUAGUAGACAGAGCUUUAACAUCAUAUUUGGUGAAUGUCCAUACUGUAGUAAGCCAAUUACCUUGAAAAUGUCUGGGAGGAAACCCUGAAAUAAGAAUGUAACAUUUUUUGAAAAUUAUCAAAAGGAUUUUAUUUGGCAUCUUCAGAGAAAAUAUAAAACAAGAACUAUUAACAUCGAAAGGAAAAAUAUGAUGGGGCCAUAAUAACACAUAUCUGCCUUUGUCUCUUCACUAAGAGUAAACUGGGAAAUUGCAGACCACCAUCCUGUGCAACUUUCUAAGUCUGUGACCCCCAUACCAGUUGUGGAACUAUAUGUAUACAAAGAUAGAGAUCUUGACUUAUUGAGUUCAUCUGGAGUGGUAAAAUCUUGAUGGGGUUCAUAAAAUGAAUUUGGGAAUUGCGUAUAGCUGUAUUUUUGUGGGAAACUCUUUACUUCAUUCCGAAGUUCUUGAGACUCAGGAUACUUUUGUCUUUUCGUUGUGCUUUCCUAUGGAAAAAAUACAUAUAUAGCUUUGUUAGAUUUGAG